AACAGAGAAUGGGUGAUGUCAGCUGCUCACUGCUUCACCAGCUCCAGCACAACCAACCUGGUCAUGUACCUGGGGCGUCAGAGACAAGAAGGGCCCAACCCCAACGAGGUGUCCAGCACCGUGUCGACGAUCAUCAACCAUCCCGACUACAACUCAAGGCCUCAUGACAACGACAUCUCGCUCCUGAAGCUCUCCUCACCCGUCACCUUCACCAACUACAUCCUGCCCGUCUGCCUCGCCGCCCCCGACAGCGUCUUCCACAGCGGGACCGGCUCCUGGGUCACCGGCUGGGGCAAUAUCGGGCAAGGAGUUCCGCUUCCUUCCCCUCAGAACCUGAUGGAGGUGGAGGUGCCGGUGGUGGGGAACCGACAGUGUAACUGUGACUACGGCGUGGGAAGGAUCACAGACAACAUGAUCUGCGCCGGGUUACGAGACGGAGGGAAGGACUCGUGUCAGGGAGACUCCGGCGGCCCGAUGGUGAGCAAGCAGAACAGCCGCUGGGUCCUGGAGGGCGUGGUGAGUUUUGGAAACGGUUGUGCGUUGCCUAAAUUCCCAGGAGUCUACACCCGAGUGUCCCGCUAUCAGGCCUGGAUCAACAGCCACAUCACCACAAACCGGCCAGGCUACGUCACCUUCUCCUCCAGUGGGACUGACAGCGACCUGAGCGUCACCUGUACUGGUGUCCCCGUCUUGCCUCCCACCACCACCACCACCACCACCACUCCCCCGACCACCACAGCCCAACCGGUGGUCUGCGGCCGAGCGCCCCUGAACACCCGGAUCCCGGGGGGGAGCUCCGUGGUGACGGCUGGCGUGUGGCCGUGGAUGGUGAGUCUGCAGCAGAACGGGAGACACGUGUGCGGGGGGGCACUGGUGGCCGUGGACGCUGUGCUGAGUCAGGCCAACUGCUUCUCCAGCUCCCCCACAGUGUCCGAGUGGACCGUGGUCCUGGGUCGUCUGAAGCAAAACGGAUCGAAUCCCUUUGAGGUGACGCUGAGCGUGAGGAACAUCACGCUGAGCAACCUGACCGGCUCCAACGUGGCGCUGCUGAGUCUGGAAUCCCGCCCGGCGCUAAGCGACUACAUCCAGCCGCUCUGCCUGGACACUGGGCGGAGCUUCAGUGUGGGCUCCACCUGCUGGGCCUCCGGAUGGAGCUCCGACCGAGGAGGAGAGGAACAAGUUCUGCAGGAGGUCCAGACGUUGGUGUCUGACUGCGGCAACGCCUCCAGCACCGACAGCUUCUGUACAGGAAGUUUGACACUGGAGCAGGGCGCCUCGGGGGGGCCUCUGAUGUGUAAGCAGGAUGGCUCCUGGUUCCAGGCGUCGGUGCUUUCAGCUGAAACCUCCACCACCACCACCCGGGCAGACCCUGUGACCGUCUUCCCCAAACUGAACAAGUUCCAGACUUUCCUCUCUAAGAACUUGGGGAAGCUGUUGUCUCCGGCCUCCAGCAGCUCCAACACCACAGCAGCCAACUCCACCGCCCCCCCCACCACCAGCAGCGGGGCCACCACCCACUUCCUCCUCCACCUCCUCCUCCUCUCCCCGAGUCUCCAGCUCUUCUUGUAG